CACACCAACGGCUAUUUGCAUGAAGUGUUUUCUGGCUGCAGCUCCAGCUCGGCUGCAGAGCGAGAUUCUCUGAGGGGGAAAGCGAGGGAAGAGGCGCAGUGAAAAUAGGAGGAGGAGGGGAGUCUUGUGUUUCACAUCAGAGGAGCAGCAGGGGAAAACGGACUGAAAGCAAGGAUAAGGUGUCCGAUAACAACAGCAAAGAGGGGGGGAAAAAAAGCAGAAGAGCGGCUUGUCUUGUAUCGGAAAAUGGAGCUACCCGCCGCGGGAGAGCACGUCUUUGCGGUGGAGAGCAUCGAGAAGAAGCGCAGCAGAAAGGGACGGGUUGAAUAUUUGGUCAAGUGGCGCGGAUGGUCUCCAAGAUACAACACAUGGGAACCAGAGGAGAACAUCCUGGAUCCAAGACUGCUUGAUGCUUUCCAAGACAGGGAACGUCAGGAGCAGGUGAUGGGAUACCGGAAGAGAGGGCCAAAGCCCAAACAUCUUCUGGUGCCUUCUUUUGCCAGGAGGUCCAGCAUCCUGGCCGACCUUCAGGAGGCAUCCCUGGAUGAGGACAGCUGUCAGAAAACCAGCCCCAUGCAGAUGUUUCGCCCCCAGGCCCAGCAGUACCAGCUGAACAGUAAGAAGCACCACCAGUACCAGCCGCUGUGCAGGGAGCGUGAGGUUGAGCAGCAGGCUAAUGGCAAGAAAUUCUACUAUCAGCUCAACAGCAAGAAGCAUCACCACUACCAGCCGGACCUCAAGGUGCAUGAGCCCAUAUUUGCUAAACCCAAGCAGGAUGUCCAAGCGCCGGAGCUGGCUAACAAAGAGUACAACCUUCCGCCGGUGCUGCAGCAAAAGUGGGUUCGGGACAAGGACUCGGGCUGUCUGACCAAAGUGAAAGAUAUCACCAUGGAGCUGAAGAAGCUUCCAGCAAACCUCAACGGACACAAAGAGCCAGAGAAGGCAAAACCUAGAGAGGACGCUUUACCGCAGCCCAACGGUGUCAGCAGCAGCAAACUAAAGAUCGUGAAGAACAAAAACAAGAACGGGCGGAUUGUUAUUGUCAUGAGCAAGUACAUGGAAAACGGAAUGCAAGCAGCUAAAGUUAAAAAUGGCGAUUCUGAAGCUGCUGAAAAGCCACCGCAGAGCACCGAGAACAGUGUGGAAAAGCAUCUGGAAAAGAUGAAGCUCGUCAAAAAGCUCGGCCUCAUGAACGGAUUUGCAAGAAACCACAUAAGCAAAGGAACAUCUCCCAGUUCUGGAUUUAACAGCAAUUGCCCCAAAGAAAAAGAACCGCCCCCCAGAGCAGAGCCAACUGUGAUGGAACAGGAUAAACGUGUUGAGGUCAGGGGUCAGGGGCAGCUUCCAGCGGAUCAGCCUUUACAAUUGACAACCAAACCUAAUCUGCUCCCCCAGCCUUUGGACAGGGGAGUCCCCUCAUCACAGGACAAAAGAGAAGGCCAAGGUGGGUUUCAAGGACUAAAGCGACACCUCUCUGACACAGAUGGCGAGGAGCGUGAGGGUAGUAAGAGGUUUUUGAGCUGCAGGAGCAUAAGCACUCCUGACACAACCUCGUCACCAGCCCAAAGCAUCGACAUGGACCAAAACGGACACCACGGUCACCCCGGACUGCAGGACUGUGUGUAUGCGGACCAAGAGGAGCCUAUCGACUUGAGCAUCGUCAAGUCGAGGCCUAAAGCUGCGGUUCCCGCGGCAGCCCAGCCUGAAGCACACACACAGGCCGAAGUGCUAACGAGCACACAAGAGGAAAGACAAACAGAGGCUGACACACAAACAGGAACUCAGUUUGAAACUCCUGCAGAGGAGCAGAAUGCUGAGUCUCUGUCUGUGUCCAACCACGAACAGAGAAAGGAGGACACGUUUCCCUCCUUCAAACCUUUCCUUGGGAAUAUAGUGAUCACAGACAUUACCACAAACUGCCUCACAGUUACGUUCAAGGAAUACGUAGCAGCGUAACCAUCUGGCUGCCAGCUGUGCGUCUGUAUAAAUGUACACGACAUAUAUUUGUAUUUUUGGAUGCUUGAAUGUAUAAAUGAACCCUUGAUGUUGUUUUCAUUUUGUAUAUUGGUAGUUCAGAUUUUUUAAAAAAGGAACUGUUUAUUUGCAUAUUUCUUCUUAUAAGCUCAACCUGUUGUUAUUUCUGCAGAUUUUAUCCAUGCAGUAUCCUCGUGAAAGCUAAAACUGCAUAAUUAGAUCGAGUAAAUGAGGGAACUUUAAUUAAAGAUGCACUUACUCUGUAAAUAAAUACUCUGCUCUUUUCUAUGGAUGUAAUUUGUUUUAUACAGUCAACGUCUACAUGUCAGAUAGUGUCAAAUGUAGGCUAUAUGGAGAAUUUUGUUAGGAGGAAAAUUAUAUUGAAUCCUGGUAAAUUACACUGUGUGUGUGUGCGUGUGUGAGUGAACAGAUGGACAGAUUUAAAGGAUGCGUGCUGCUUGGACAGAUUAUGCCAUUAGGCAUGCUUAAACGAGCAAAUAAAGAAAAAUUAAGCGCCUUUUUGUCAAUAAAUAUGAUUUGCAUUGUUAAAAAGGCUUUUAAAUGGAAGAUUAUUCACGGUUGAUGUUUGCUUCUGUUUCGUUUUCUAAGCCAUGCCUCUCUGGAUCCGAUGCCGAGCACAAGUCACUUAAGUUGAAACAGAUUUACUCGCCUGUGACUCCGAUAAUUUAUGUUUUGCAGCAGCACGCUGACUGAGCGUGGCUUCUUUUUCUUUCAUUUAAAUGAUAUCAGUCACAAAUGUGCUAGCUGAGCUGUGUAAUCUCACAGACUAACACCACCAGCUGGGUUCUCUGGAUUCAACUUUGCACGUCUCUGUUCUUCGGCACCCUGAUGUGUUCAGUGAAGGCAGCGCGGUUAUUAUGUAUGGGAUCCAAGAGGCUUGUCUUGACAUAGUUUGCAAUGGAGCUGCAAUUAGAAGUGUGUAAAAGCACGUGUCACAAUCACUCCUGAUCCCCACGUGUCCCUUCAUGCGCUGUUGAGCUGCUCCGUGAGAACAUGGAGCGCCGUUAGUUUGUGUGCAGAGCAAAAAGU